AUGGCCAAUCCAUCCGCGUAUCAGCAAUCAGGUGGCUUCUUCCCAUCGGCAGGACUGCCGUCGCCCGCGCCGUCUGCAUCCUCGACCCGCUCGACCGCGGGCCUACCUCAUCCGAGACACAACGCCCUGCGGCCGGGAUCCAACAAGGAGGCGCUGGUGAGGCGCUACGUCGAGGAGCGGCUGCUAAACACGUCGCGCCGCUACGUCAAGAAAUUCGGAACCCCAGACCCGGCGGACGACGUGAUUGGCUUUACCAACUUUGGCGAAGUAUGCCGUGAGCUCGACGGCAUCGUCAACGUCCUUUGGCUUUCGGGCACGCCUAGCCUGCAGAUUCCCUUCCUUCUGAAGCUGGCCAGCGACUUUACGCAAUACGUCCGCUCAUUCCCGCCGGCUCCGAGGACGACGUUUGCGCUGCUGGGCAAGCUUGACCACUGCUUCGCCAGCCUCCUCUCCGGCCAGGAUGCCGACUCCCAGGAGCCUCUGCCAGGAUUCGAGAAUGGCCUGCGCGCCGGCAUGACAGUGACUGAUAUGGUCCGCUGUCGCAGCCUGGUGGAGCAGACACGGGUCCUCAUGGUCGAGGUCUUGAGCGGCGAGGUGGACGAGGACGACGAAGACGACGAAGACGACGAGGAUGACGAUGACGACGACAUGGACGAUGGCGAGGGCGGCCUGGGCGCAGCCACGAUGACGACCAAAGUUGACGGCGAUCAAACGCCCAUACCGUCCUGGGACAUUGAUGAGGAGAGGCUCCACAUGGACGCGGCCCGGAUCUACGAAAACACCAUCGUCCAGCUGGGGACCAGACUGGGGGAUCCGCUGACGAGCGACAACGUGCCAGACAACGACGUCGUGUGCUCGCCAAUGGAGGAUUGA